AUGAAUAACAACAAUAACAUCAAUAACAAUAACAAUAGUAAUAGUGAUAAUAUAUCUUCAUUUUUGCAAGCACUACCAUCUUCUGGAGUCUUAUUUUCAAAAUAUAAUAUAAAAAAAACUGUCACAAAGAAAGAAAUUCCAAAAUAUAUUCCAGCCCAUGACACCAACCCUCCAAAUAACGAAUUUGUAAAAAAUGAAGAUGAUAAUAUAUUAAUAAGGUCACUAAUAAAAAACUCAGUUCACAAAAGAAUCAAUGAACAAAGUAAAGAAAAGAAAAAAAACAAUGAAAGUGAUAAUGAAGAUGACUCGACUGUACCCUCAAGCUUUGUUUCUGAAAUUGAAAACUCUAGCCCAAAUAAAAGAACAAGAUCAUAA